CCGAUGAAAAUAGUGAUAUACACCAAAUCGUUCCUUUUGUAUAUUAUUUAUGAAAGAUAUUUGAAAUGAUUAAGUGUUUUGAUUUGAUUUUGAAAAUGAACUUGAUAUGGAUCAAGGUUUGAUUUGCGUUUGAAAAUGGUUUUAAUCAAAAAUUCCGAAGAAAAAAAUGGAUUAUUCACUCCUCUUCGAUUCGCAAACAAGGUUCUACUAAUUGGAACGCCAAUUCCACUACACGGGGUGCUAAAAGUUUCGUACUUGAUAAUAGGGUUUCAAAUGAUGAACUUGAAGAAGGUAAGUUGCAAGAUUCACAAGUUCAAUUGGGUUCAAACUUCACUACUUUUCAAGAGGAUCCGAUUGUGGAUAAGCUUAGAACUCAGUUGGGUGUGAUUCACCCGAUUCCGUCGCCUCCUAUAAACGGAAACAUUGUUGGUUUGUUUGUGUUUUUUUUCUUUGUUGGUGUUGUUUUUGAUAAAUUGUGGACUUUUAGGAAAAGGAGAAACAAAGUUAGUAGUAGUGAAGAUAGUUUUCGUGGUGUGUGGCCUCAAGUGCCUACUAGUUUUUCUUUGUUUUUGGAAAAGGAUUUGCAGAGGAAAGAGUCGGUUGAAUGGGUGAACAUGGUUUUGGGGAAGUUGUGGAAGGUUUAUAGAGGUGGACUUGAAAAUUGGGUUAUUGGGUUGCUUCAACCUGUUAUUGAUGAUUUAGAGAAGCCUGAUUAUGUUGAAAGAGUUGAGAUUAAGAAAUUUUCAUUAGGGGAUGAACCUUUAUCUGUUAGGAAUGUUAAGGACUUCUCGGCGUGUCAAUGAUUUACAGUAUACUGGAGGUGCCCGCACGCUGUUAAGUCUUUCUCUUAAAUUUGGUAUUAUUCCAAUUGUUGUACCUGUUGGUGUUCGAGAUUUUGACAUUGACGGUGAACUUUGGGUAAAAUUGAGACUAAUACCAACAGAACCUUGGGUCGGUGCUGCUUCGUGGGCUUUUGUUUCACUUCCAAAGAUCAAAUUUGAGCUGUCUCCAUUCCGUUUGUUCAAUUUAAUGGCAAUUCCAGUUCUCUCAAUGUUUUUGACGAAACUUCUUACAGUAGAUUUACCUAGACUAUUUGUACGGCCAAACAAAAUUGUUUUGGACUUCUAGAAGGGAAAAGUUGUUGGUCCUGUCACUGUGGGUCCCGUCGCUGAUGGUGUUAAAGAUGGAAAAUGCAAGAAGGAAACAUGGAUUCUGUUGGUGAACUAUCCGUCACUCUUGUGGAUGCUAGAAAGCUUCCUUAUCUUUUUGGUAAAUUCUAUAGUCUUGUAUUUUCUUUUAAGUAGAUUCUUUCCUGUUUUUUUUGGAUUAUUUGUACUCCAUUGGGACUUUCUUUGCUAUUUACUAGAUUUUCUUUUUGAAGUCUAUUUUGUAAUUUAUGUUAUGUGAACAUGGUUUUUGUUUUAUCCCCUAUGUAGUCAGAGUUCAGACGUUCUACUCCAA